AUGGAUUCAGACAUCAACGUUGCCUACGACGGAACAUUCGGCGACCUCAGCGCGGCUGGGGACACUGAACUGUUCACGUUCGAUGGCAAGUAUGACUUCGAGCUCAUGCCCACCGGCGACAACAGCUUUACCGCCAUCAACGAUGGGGCGGCGGCUGGUACCAUUUCGCCAAAGGAUUUGCUCAAUGACUCCGUUCCACCAUCGACUUCUUUUACGAAUCUGACGACUCCUGGUUCUACUCUCCUUGAGACUCCGGACGACUAUCAGACUUCUCCUCUUUUCACUGACAGCAUGACUGCCGACAACAACUGGUUUUCUCUAUUCCCCGACGAAAGUACGACUGACCAUGCCAUGGAGCGCACAUCGUCAAACCCAAUCAUGGUCCACCCAGGGGGAGAGAGCAACCGCAAGCGCAGCUCUACCAACGUGUCACCAAGACCUUUCAGCCCUGUUGUCAAGCACUCUACGAUCGCUGGUGUCGGUGCUCGCAAGCGUGACAAGCCUCUGCCACCUAUUCUUGUUGAUGAGGGUGACCCAGUGGCCUUGAAGCGUGCGCGAAACACUGCUGCCGCUCGUAAGUCACGAGCAAAGAAGGUUCAAGAGCGUGAUGAGCUUGAGACUCAGAUCGCCGAUCUACAGGCAGAAGUCGAAUUCUGGAAGCAGAGGGCGCAGGCUCUGGAGGCUACCCAAGCCACCGAGUAA